CUUCACUCUUCUGUCCCACAGCAUAUCCUGUACUGCUGCCUUACAAACCUCGAGGCAGUGAGGAGCUCUUCUACGUCCCACAGACAGAGGCUGACUUCUCCUCAAACCAGUCAGACACCAGCAUGGAGAGCACUCACACUGGAUCAGAUGACGCGGUGCCUCCCAGAUUCAACAGCGAGGUCCUAGGGGAUCAGGAUCCAGGGUUGGACCGCGGAAUCGCAAUCAGACACAAAGAGGGCAUCUACAGCAGAAGGCUGAGAACGUUCAGAAUGGAAGAUCGAGGACAGAACGUCCAGAGAACGCUGGAUCACAUAGAUGCUUCAGAAGCAGCGAUCAGAAGGUCUUCAGCUUUUAGCCCAACAGCGAAGCCAUCUUCCCAGGAGUCAAUCCGUCACUCCGUCUCUGGAGCUCCUUCAACUGUCAACACCAAAGCGUCUAAGAGGGAUCAGGGUACCAGCCCCAUCCAGUUUCUCCCUUACAAGCAAGCAGAGCCGACUCAUCAGAGGUUCCAUCCAGCUCAAACCGAGGACGACCGUCUUCCACCGCCCCCUCAACAGAGCAGCGACACCCUGGACCACCUGUGGCAGAGGUUCUGUGAUGAGUGGAACAGGGAGGAGCCGCGCCCCACCAGGGAUAAAGAGGCCAUAUUGGAGCGAUUAGAGCAUCUGUCUCGUCUGAUUCAGAACUCUCACAGAGGGCCGGGUUAUUACGUUCCUGUAAGGACGCUGAGAGACAGGGAGGAGGUUAAACGGAACAAUACGGGACGAAAAGUAGGAGACGCAGAAAAGGAGACCUACGUCUCCAACAUCCACAACCAGCCAUUUCCUUCUGCAGACAGAGAUCAACCAGAGAGGCUCUCCACUGUGUCCGGCUCUACAUCUACCAUGGACACGGCACGACUCAUCCGAGCCUUCGGCGCUGACAGAGUGAAGCACCUGAGAAGCAACUCUAACCUCAGCAAACUGUACAGCGCCAUCAACAAGCAGAGGGAGGAGAGGGAACGGCGCAAAGGAACAAAGGAGGAGGACUCUGUUACUCUCACUCCAUCAGCAACAACCUGCACAGACCAAUCGGUUCUUGAUACAGCAUCAACAUCUAGCACCGUCUCGCCGCCCCACGGUCCUUCAAGGGCGCUGACAACCAAGAGAGCCACAAGAACGGUCAACAAAUGCAUUCAGGCAGGAGAGCUGGAGAUUGUUCGUAACGGGACUCGACGGCACACUAGAGAUGUUGGGACCACGUUUCCAUCUCCUGGAGAAGCUGGAGCUUUUGAGCGGAUUUCUUCCUCUUCGUCGAGCACAGUGAGAGGAAGAGGAGGAGGCCGGAGACUUAUUCCUAAAUCUAAUAACAGUCAGAAGCAGAAGAAGAGCAAAAGGAGCCCCUCUAAGCCUUACCCUAAAGGUGUUUCAUGGUUUAUCUCUGUCGACAACCUGAGGUCUGAGACAAGGAAAGAGAACCGUCCAGAGGAACCAUCCACCGCGUGGUUCGAGCCCUACAGCCAAGUCCGACCAUGGAGAGAGCCGCUCAGACAGAGACAAGUCUACGAGGACAGCAGCAACCAUCCUGAGCAAGAUCCACAUCCUGAAAGCAAAACCUUUCACUCUGGGCUCGUACGCGUCACCCUGCAGGAGGCUCUGGAGAUGCGUCGGCCGGAGUUUAUCUGUCGAUCUAAGCAGAGGGUGAGACGACUGGCGCUGCAGGCCGAGGAGCGGAGGCUACAGGCCACGCUCGGCCGAGACAGACGGCGGCUGUACAACCAGCCGGGGGAACUUGGGAGGCUGCUGAAGUCUGCAGGUAAUGUCAUGCUGAGGAGAGCAGUACCCAGGAAGGAAAUGAUCCAGAGGUCCAAGCAAAUCUAUGAAAACCUUCCAGAGGUGCGGCGCAGGAGAGAGGAGGAGAGAAGGAAAGCAGAGUAUCAGUCGUACAGACUGAGCGCCCAGCUUUUCAAUAAGAGAAUCACCAACCGCGUCCUUGGCAGGAGAACAGCCUGGCACUGAUUAAACAAACACAGCAUUUACUCUGUAUGGCAAAAAUCAUGUUUUGUUUUGGUUGUUUUUUUAAUACAGAACAAAAGCAUAAAAACUUCUACAAAAAAGGUGCUUUUGUUAUUUUCUGCUGAUUGAUUUCAUGACAUUUUGAAAUGAAA